AUGAUUCGGGAAGGUGUAGUGAGAGACAAAGAUGGAAACCUGGUGAUUCCCGCUACACAACGACCCGAUGGCACAUGGAGGAAACCCCGACGUGUUAAGGAGGGAUACAUACCACCUGAGGAAAUUCCUGUUUACCGUUCGGUUGCCGCUCAAAUUCGCGAGCGUCAGUCGCGUUACGUUAUCCCUGGUUUGACUCAGGAGGAUGCAGAAGCGAUCAGCAGGGAACGAGGACUGAUUAAACUGGGCGAUGCGGGUAAAAAUGGGGCCACAGCGGGCAAAUCGACUGAGAAGAAGAAGUCUAAGAAGGCCCAGAAUAGUUCACAACAUGAAAACACAACUCAAGCUGAAACACCUCAUAACGCUCAAUCCAUUCCAGAUAAAGUGGUGGAUUCACAGAAGACCACCGUGCAUGAUACCCCAGUCCCGGUCACAGUGGAAUCGCGCCGCUCGGAAGCAGAACGUAAACUACGCUUGGAAUUAAAACGCCUUCGACAAAUUGAACAGAUUGAAGAGAAACAAAGAAACGGUGAAGUCUUGAAUGCGGAUCAGUUGGCUAAGUUGCAGCGGAAAGCCGAAACGGAGCAAUUGAUUGAGGCGUUAAAGGCGGCGAAAAUAUCGGGAUAA